CCAGACGCGGCCGGGGGACGCGUGGUCCCCGCGCUCCGGCGCGGUCCGGGUAGGCGACGCCGCGGGCCAUGCGGCUGGAGGCGCAGGACGCGCUGUACGUGGCGCUGGAACUGGCCAUCGCCGCGCUGUCGGUGGCCGGCAAUGCGCUGGUGUGCGCCGCGGUGGGCACGUCGAGCGCGCUGCAGACGCCCACCAACUAUUUCCUAGUGUCUCUGGCCGCGGCCGACGUGGCCGUGGGGCUGUUCGCCAUCCCCUUUGCCAUCACCAUCAGCCUGGGCAUCUCCACGGACUUCUACAGCUGCCUCUUCCUCGCCUGCUUCGUGCUGGUGCUCACGCAGAGUUCCAUCUUCAGCCUCUUGGCCGUGGCCAUCGACAGGUACCUGGCCAUCCGCGUCCCGCUCAGAUACAAGAGUUUGGUCACAGGGACCCGAGCGAGAGGAGUCAUUGCUGUCCUCUGGGUGCUUGCCUUUUGCAUUGGACUGACCCCCUUCCUGGGGUGGAACAGUAAAGACAGUGUCAUCAACUGCACAAAGCCCUCAAACAGCACCAUGAAUGAAAGCUGCUGCUUUGUGAAGUGCCUCUUUGAGAACGUGGUCCCCAUGAACUACAUGGUGUAUUUCAAUUUUUUUGGCUGUGUCCUGCCCCCACUGCUCAUAAUGCUAGUGAUCUACAUCAAGAUCUUCAUGGUGGCCUGCAGGCAGCUUCAGCGUACUGAGCAGAUGGACCACUCACAGACCGUUCUCCAGCGGGAGAUCCACGCCGCCAAGUCCCUGGCCAUGAUUGUUGGGAUUUUUGCUUUGUGCUGGCUACCAGUACACGCCAUCAAUUGUGUCACUCUUUUUCAGCCAGCUCAGGCUAAGAAUAAGCCCAAGUGGGCCAUGAACAUGGCAAUUCUCCUGUCACAUGCCAACUCAGUUGUCAAUCCCAUUGUUUAUGCCUACAGGAACCAAGACUUCCGCUAUACUUUUCACAAAAUCAUCUCCAGGUAUGUUCUCUGCCAGACAGAUGUCUUCAAGAGUGGGAAUGGGCAGGGGGUCGCACAGCCUGCUUUUGACACGGCCCUAUGACCUAGGCUCUGUUCUCUUCAAGAAGGCACAAAUUCACAAUAAACCUAGGGACAGGACACAACUGACUGAUUCUCAUGUGAAAGACAGGCAGGCCUCAGGGGCACAUGGGCUGCCUCUUGAGCACCCCCCUGGAGUUACCUACCACAUGUCUAAUUAACAUAUAGGUGUUAUCUGUAGGGCUGACAAAUAUGCUCUUACUGUGCGGAUGAAACCAAUGGCCUGACUGGAUUGUAAAAAUGUUGUUUUGUUUUGGAAGUCUGUCUCUCUUAUAGUAGAAAACAAAACUAUUUUACUGUGAAACACUGAAAUAUUGUAAUACAUUUUUUUUUAACUUGGAGGCAAUGGAAAAAUAAAAGUUGGAUAUAACUAAAAACAUACACUUAUUUCUAGGAAGGAGACCAGGAAAAUUAAGUAUAAAUCUCUUUAAAAUUUAUUGUUGUUCAAGUACAGUUGUCUCCGUUUCCCCUAACCUCACCUUCCACACUCGAUCCUACCUCCCCUUGGCUUUGUUCAUGUAUCCUUUAUACAUGUUUUUGAUAAGUAAAAUUAUUUAAUCAAGAAACUACUAUGUCAACUUAUGGAAAUGACACUCUCAUACGUUCUUAAGUAGAACAUCAUCAGAUAAUAAUUUUGGCAACAUUCUUUUCCAUGUAUAUCAAACUACCCUAGAGAAACAACCAGAGAAAUGGGACCCUUCUUCUACAAGAUUACAUUUCCCCCUCCUGGAGUGAGUUCUGAAUUUUACUUCUCUCCUAACUUCAAGAUUUACCUAUUUUCUGGAUCUCAAACUGUGAAGUUUUUUAUUACCAUAAGUAAAAUUACACAACUGUGUAAUGA